UUCGGCAAGCUCCUCCCACUCGGCCCCCUCUGCUCUUGGGCGGCUGUGCCUUCGGGAAACAUCGGCUAUUUCCGCCAAGUCCAACGCCCUCACUCUUCCUCUUCGGACAGCAUCGGCUAUUUCCGCCACCAGCCUACCGCUACCGGGUAACGCGCUCCGCCAGCCUUCGGAAAACAUCGCCGCAGACAGCGCCUCCGCAUUCGGAAGUUCUCGGUGCUGAAUGGUGUCGCUGAGAGAGGACUCUGAAAGUGGUGGCAGAGUCCACUGAGAGGGUGAAGCCUGGAUGAUGACUCAGCAGGGAGCUGUUCUGCAGGAUUACAAUAAUGAGCUGGUGAAAUGCAUUGAAGACUUAUGCAUGCAAAGAGAAGAACUGAACAAGCAGAUCCAGCAAGCGGAAGUGGAAAAAAAUAAACUCCAGCAUGAAAUCCGAAUCCUGUCUGAGCAACUGGAGUGUGUCUGUGAAAGCUUGGCCCAGAAGACAGCCUCACGGAACGAGCUUGAUAAAAUCCUUGCUGAAACUGAAACUGCUUAUAUGAAGAUUUUGGAUAGUUCUAGAAUGCUGCUAAAUGUCCUGAAGAAGGAAGUGGGGAAUUUAAACAAAGCUGCAGAGCUGAAAAGCAACGUGGCCUGAAACAGCUAAAUGCUUGGACUCUAACACAAUUACAAUUCCUCCUGUUCAGAAAUGAGGUUAGCCACAGAACCCUGUGAUGAGCAUAUAUCUGAGAAAGGGUUCUACCUUAACUUUUGUAUAUGUUUUUAGCACAUUUAAAAUAAUGGAAAAUAAUGUACAAUACAGAUAAAUAAAGCUACUGUUUUGCUAAAAAUUUCUAUAUAAUUAUCUAAACAAACCAGCACAUACAAAGAGUUACAUAGACUUUGCAAAUAGAUUCGAGGAAAAUAGAGGUCAAAUUUUGGACCAACCAACUUUGACAUUAUGCCUCUUUAAUAAUUGUAAGGGAAGGUCAGCAAGGAAAGGAGGCUCUUGAUUUACCACUCAAGCCCUGAAUGUUUACAGCUGAGUUUCAAUCUGAUUUAUUAGUACUCCUUAAAUCUGAGAGGAAAGAACACUUUUGUCUCUUUUCAGUCACUCCUAUAUCAAUGGCAAGAAUACAUGUUAAUGACUUUGAGAAAUCCUAUCCAGUUAAUCCAAUUCAGUUCUCUCUUACCUGGGAAACAUUGCAACUGAGUUCUCGGAAGAAGGGAUGGUAUAAAAUGAGUGGGCAGGUGGUAGAUUCUGAACAUGGACAAAAUACUUUUGACUCCUUUUGGCUGAGUCAAGAUGAUGAUGAAUUGUUUCAGCUGUUACUGGCCAAAUAAAAUCUCCUAAUGGUU